AUGAAGCAAACUCUUGCAGCUACUUCUUCUAACCAUGCAGAGAUAUUAGCCAUCCACGAAGCUAGUCGUGAGUGCAUUUGGUUGAGGUCUGUAGUCAACACAUUCGAGAAGAUUGUGGUGUACAGACAGGAAAAGGAGCUCCAACGGUUAUGUAUGAAGAUAAUGCUGCUUGCAUCGCACAACUCAAGGAUGGGUACAUUAAAGGAGACAGAACGAAGCACAUCCUACCGAAGUUUUUCUUCACCCAUGAGUUACAGAAGAAUGGCGAUGAAAAGCCCUUUGGGCAAAGAAGCGCUACCCUGGUUUUCGAUCCUACCGUCUGAGUCAAUCAACAAUUUCAAUGAGUUGACUAGAGUGUUCGUGAAGCACUACUCAAUGAACAUGGUGAAGAGUGGGAAGAACUUGUCCACCCUCAUUCAAGAAAGAGGAGAACCCUUGCACGCCUUUAUUGAGAGAUUCUAA